UUUUCUAUAAAUUAGACAUCGUUUUUGGAGCUUUUAUUCUUCUUCAUUGAUAGAGCUUUUCUUAUAUACCCCCAAAAAAAAAUUUAACAAGACAAAAACACACAAUAGAUGGCUGUGAAUAAUGAUGAGAAACAGCAAAACAAACCCAUCGGACACAGUCCACUCGCUCACAAGAGUCUCCUUCAAAGUGAUGCACUCUAUCAGUAUAUACUUGAGACGAGUGUGUUUCCAAGAGAGCAUCCAUGUUUGAAGGAGCUUCGUGAGAUGACAGAAAAACAUCCUCGGAACCAUAUGGCUACACCUGCUGAUGAAGGACAACUUCUAAGCAUGCUGAUUAAGCUCAUCAAUGCAAAAAACACAUUGGAAAUUGGUGUCUUCACUGGUUAUUCUCUCCUCUCCACUGCUCUUGCUCUUCCUUCUGAUGGAAAGGUAUUAGCUUUGGAUGUGAGUCGUGAAUACUAUGAGUUGGGAUUAUCCAUAAUUGAAAAAGCUGGAGUUGCUAACAAGAUCGACUUUAGAGAAGGACGUGCUCUUCCUCUUCUUGAUGAACUUCUUCAAGACGAAAAUAACAAGGGGACAUUUGAUUUUGUUUUUGUGGAUGCUGAUAAGGAUAAUUACUUAAACUAUCACAAGAGAGUAAUUGAACUUGUGAAAAUCGGGGGAUUGAUCGGGUACGAUAACACCUUAUGGAGUGGAUCUGUGGUAGCUCCGUCUGAUGCACCUAUGCUGGAUAAUAUUAAGCGUCUACGAGGUUAUGUGAUUGAGUUCAACAAAUAUCUAGCUCAUGAUUCAAGAAUUGAGAUUUGUCAGCUUCCGGUAGGUGAUGGAAUUACCCUGUGCCGCCGCAUUAGCUGAUUAUUCUCCUUCGUGUUGGUUUGUUUAGUUGAAGAAUUUGGAGUUUUAUUAUCAGUUUUAAGUGUUGUAAAAGAAGGGAAAAGAUAUGAUGAAACUAUUUUUUGACAUUUACACUGUAUUAUCCAUAAAAUCUACUAGCAUUGAUUUUUUAUAAUUUAAUUUGCUUUGGUUAACGUGCA